CGGUCUUGCUCCCGGUACCUCCCCCACCCUGCGUGCAGAGUGGCCGUGCCGGGAGGUCCCGCCUUCCGUCCACGUGUUCGCGGGCGCCGGGCUUUCCGCUGAUUGGAAGGUUUUGUUCUGGGAGCCGAGCUUUCUGGCCUGCGGUUUGGAUCUCGGAGUGGGGCAGUGCGCUGUUCUGUGGCCGCUCAGUGGCCACGUCUGCACCCUAUUCCCGCCCCAGGUCGGCUUGGUUCUGGGCCGGGCUCCAGGCGCCAUGGCUUCCCGCGGGAGGAAGCGGAAGGCCGAGACGGCGGUGGUCGCGGCCGCCGACAAGCGGGAGAAGCUGGCUGGCGGCCAGAAUGGAGUGGAGGAAGCGACCGUGGUUAUCGAGCAUUGCACGAGUUGACGCGUCUACGGGCGCAACGCCGCGGCCCUGAGCCAGGCGCUGCGCCUGGAGGCCCCCGAGCUUGCAGUGAAGGUGAACCCGGCCAAGCCCCGGCGGGGCAGCUUCGAGGUGACGCUGCUGCGCCCGGACGGCAGCAGUGCGGAGCUCUGGACUGGGAUUAAGAAGGGGCCCCCACGCAAACUCAAGUUCCCCGACCCGCCAGAGGUGGUGGAGGAGCUGAAGAAGUACCUUUCGUAGGGAGGUUUGGGCAGAAGUCCUCAUGCUGAGCCUUCUGUCCCUGGUGGUGUUGGAGCAUUUAUGACGGAACAUGGCCAAACUUCAGUCAUGUGCCUGAAGCUAUGGUUUCUACCCCUCCAGAAACGAUGGUUCAGUUGUGAGGCAACCCUCUAGUAAGGCAUUGAGAAGUUCUUGGAUUUGGUUUAAUAAAAGUUGAAAUAAAGUA